AUGAACAGAUACAGUGGGGCUCUGUUGAACAUUGAGAGAAAAGAUAGACAAAACUUUGAUUAUGGGAGACCUAACUGGAUAAAUAACAUCCAUAACAACAACAAUAACAAUAAACAAGGCAGAUUUAGUGGCAAUAAUUAUGGGAAUUUUCUCACAGAAAGAGAACAGAUGCAACAUAAUCAGAAUUACAUGCAGACAGAAAUGAUAACAGAUUAUUAUAAAACAGAGACAGAGAAUAUUCACAAUGUGAGAGCUUAUGAUGAUGAUGAUGUUAAGACAAUAACCACUGAUAAUAAUCAGUUAUUAAAUUUUGUUUGUGAUGAUGACAGAGUAGUAGAGGUACUUCAAAUGAAUAUAGCUACCCUUGAUGAAGAAUAUUAG